AUAAAAUGGAACAAACUCAUGAGGCACUUACUGAAGAAGUCAAACAUGUCGAAGUUGAACUACACGAAGAGCUACAGAAGUAUGCUGAAGAUGAGGAUAUAGCUACAAUUGAGAAGUCGUUACUGCAAAUAUUCUCGAAUCCAGACAAUCUGGUUGAAAAUGGGUAUUCAAAGGAAGUCUGUGAGAUGAUUUACAACUCAAUAGAGCACCCUAAUCAUCCAAACCUUGCUCUUUUGGAGUCAGAAGAAGAGGAAAAGACUCAGGAAUGGUAUUUCAAAGGAUAUUUCAGCAGGAACUUUAUCAAGCAGCUUUCGCUCAUAAUGCAGAUGUGGAAAGAGCAAGCCAAAUUCCCAAUCAAGUUUUGGAAAUUAGAAGGAUUUUCUGAAGAGAAUCAGAAUGAUAUCAUGAACACAAGGACAGAAGGACUGCUGGAAAUCUACAAAGACAUUAAGGAGAAAGAUGAAGAAUCUUUGACCAAGAUGGUUGAAGACUGGCUAAUUGAGAUAAAGCCCAGAGGUAUGUGGACAAUGCUUGGCCUUCGAACAACAACUGGAUCUCAAGACCAUUUGACUCUUCCAAGUAGGGGUUCCUUACUUGAUUCAUUUAAUGCAUUAAAUACUCCACCUGAAAAGUCGAAAUCUAAGAAGAUAAAGAAGCCAUCCAUCCUUACAGUAGGAGCCAAGGCUCUCUCUAAGCAUGGGCAUAGAGGAAAAGAAGGAUAUUGGGGAUCAAUCACUGGUAAGGAGAGUGCCAAGAAUGAGAGAGCUAAUGAGAAGGCACUAAUGAUCCUCGAUGACUGUGUCUGGAUAAAUAUGCAUGUGUUACCGCAUAAGGAAUACAUCCUUGAAAUGAGAGUCCAGGAGUGCUAUGGAAUCAGAUGGACAGACACCCCGACUUUCAGAGGUUUACUCGAGCCACAGAUGAAGGAUGGACAUGAGAAGGGAUGGAAACAUUAA